CCCAGUUGGUUUAGAAACAGCCUGGAGGAGCUCUACCGCUUGCUAUGACUUCUUGAAACACUACGUGGGGAAGCAAGUCGAGGGGGGAAAGGCGCUUGUCUUUCUUCAUGGUUGUAUUAAAUUUGUGCUGUGUGAUAACCAUUGGGACGGUAGGAGAGCAGCACCGGGGCGAGUGUAUAGGCACAGCCUGUUGGAGUACUUUACUUUCCCGGGUAUCAUAACGGAGGCUAGUCGGCUACAUGGAUGAGUGAAGAGGAGCUGAGAAGCUCCCCCGCUGCUUUUAGAGAGUGAGGAGGAUUAGGUUGGAGCUCAGAGGAGGCACGACGGCACUCUCACACGGCAACUGGAGCUGGAGCCAUGAGCAGGGCGCUUACGGAGCACAUCAGUAGUAGCUUCCGAGAAGAUGCUCCUCGUCCUCCGGUACCGGGGGAGGAGGGAGAGGCGUCAUGCUACAACCCCAGCAAAUCUGCCAAAAUGAGAGCCCAGAGCAAGGUUAAAGAUAGCCCCGCCGCCGCCGCGCCUCCCGGCUCCACGCCGAGGAGGAACGAGGAUGGACUCGGGGAGCCAGAGGGCAGCGCGUCCCCGGACUCGCCCCUAGUCCGGUGGACCAAGUCUCUGCAUUUUCUCCUGGGAGACCAAGACGGCGCUCACCUGUUCAGGACCUUUCUGGAGCGGGAGAAAUGCGUGGACACUUUGGACUUUUGGUUCGCCUGCAACGGCUUCAGGCAAAUGGACUUAAAGGAUACCAAAACGCUGCGAGUUGCCAAAGUUAUUUUCAAGCGGUACAUCGAGAACAACAGCAUUGUCGCCAAGCAGCUGAAACCCGCCACCAAGACCUUUAUAAGGGAUAGUAUUAAGAAGCAGCAAAUAGACUCUGCGAUGUUUGACCAGGCGCAGACGGAAAUUCAGUCCACCAUGGAAGAGAACGCGUACCAGAUGUUUUUGACCUCUGACAUAUACCUCGAAUACGUGCGCUCCGGCUGCGAGAACGCGGCUUACGUGAACCACGGCGGGCUCGGCAGCCUCAAGCUGAUGUGCGGAUACCUGCCACCUCUCAUGGAGGAAGAGGAGUGGAGUUGUAAUGACCUGAAGGCAAAAACGUUAGCGUCUGUGGUUGGGCUGUCUGCGAAAACCCUGAGGGCUACUGCGACCAUCCGGACAGCAGCUGAAGUGCUUGAGAGUGGAUGCAGGUCCCAUCGGCGAGGAGACCCCGCCAGCCCCUACUUUGUCAACUCGGGCUACAUCUUCGCCCCUGCCACCAGUGCCAACGACAGUGAGAUCUCCAGCGAUGCCACGACAGACGAUUCCAUGUCCAUGACGGACAGUAGCGUAGAUGGAAUCCCUCCAUACAAGCUGGGCACCAAGAAGCAGCUCCAGCGCGAGAUGCAUCGCAGUGUCAAGAUCAAUGGCCAGGUUUCACUACCCCACUUUCCUAGGACACACAGGCUGCCUAAGGAGAUGACCCCCGUCGAGCCGUCGGCCUUUGCUGCUCAGCUCAUCGCGCGGCUGGAGAAGCUGAAGAGAGAGCAGGACACCAUGAGUUCACUGGAGGAGAGGCUGCAGCAGAUCCAGGAGGAGGAGGAAAGGGAGGAGAGCGGCGACCUCACCUGCAGCACCGCCCUCCACCACCCUCUGCUGCCCACUGGCAAUCAAUGCGAGGAGGACCCCCAGGCCAUACUAGAUGAGCACCUAUCCCGUGUCCUCAAGACACCCGGCUGCCAAUCGCCCGGCGUGGUGCGGCACUCGCCGCGCGCACGCUCCCCAGAUCGGACCACCGCCUUGGUGUCCUCUGGCCACGGGCCCUUCCUCGGUGCCUUUCCUGCGGUCUCCAAGGUCCUGAUGGCAGGCAGGCAGUCCACCAAGCACAUCCACCAUCACUACAUCCACCAUCACCAUGCUGGGCCCAAGACCAAGGAGCAGAUCGAGGCCGAGGCAGCUCAGCGUGUGCAGUGCCUCUGCCCUCCAGGGGGCGCCGAUUUCUCCGACUUCGCCCAUGCUCGCUGCAGCACUUUGUCCAGACGGCCAGUCAAGGCCAUUGAGGAGGGUGUGGUGCCACCCAGCCUGCCCCUGGACGCCACCGACCGCUCUCAGAAUGUUUGGCAGUGGAUCCUAGAGAGUGAAAGGCAGGGCAAGCACAAGCCCCACAGCGCUCAAGGCUUAAAGAAGUCCAACCCCUUGGAGCCCAAGACCCUGUCGGGCCGGACCCACUCCCCUUGGGGUGGAGGCGGCAUCGGCAGUGGGGGUCACCUCCGCGCCCACCACCCCGGACAUCCCUUCAUCCAGGACCCAGCCAUGCCACCCCUACCCCCACCCAACACCCUGGCACAGCUGGAGGAGGCCUGCCGCAGGCUAGAGGAGGUCUCCAAGCCCCCCAAACAGAGGCAUUCAGCAGCAGCCAGCAGCCUUCAGAGAGACAGGAGUCAUCCCGCAGCUGCUUUCCCCACUGGAGGCAGCCCUCUAGCCAGCCCUGGACUUCAACCAGACGAGUCCAAGGAGCUAGUGGUCACCUACUUCUUCUGCGGCGAAGAGAUUCCUUACCGCAGCAUGAUGAAGACCCACUGCCUCACCCUGGGACACUUCAAGGAACAGCUCAGCAAGAAAGGCAACUACAGGUACUACUUCAAGAAGGCCAGCGAUGAGUUUGAGUGCGGUGCUGUGUUUGAGGAGGUGUGGGAGGAUGCCACCGUGCUGCCCAUGUAUGAGGGCAAGGUCCUGGGCAAAGUGGAGAGGAUGGACUAAUGCCACUUUAUUGCCAACCAACCCCCCCUCCAACCCCGCCCACCCCCCGCCACCAACCCAACAUAAUGCCAAACCUUCGCUAAGAACCUUGAGCAAGAGACUCGAUGAAACUAGGAAAAAAAUACACUCUGGACUCCUUUUUUGUUUUUGUUUUUUUUUUCCUAUUUCUUAAUAUUAAGCUAAACAGAGUUAAUAUAUCCAGCACAAGAGGAGUGAUUGAAGGAAGACGAGCCAAUGAAGUAUGCCGAACCCAGAGGAGGCGCCGCCCCUCCUCCCUGACUUUCUCAACCAAUCAGCCUUAGAAACACAAGGGAACGACGCGACAUGAGAGACUGGAGAGGACAGCAAUGAGAACGAUGAUAGGAGGCCAGUGGACCGCCUCUUCUUGAAUAUAACCACUGAAGAUGCAGAUGACUGUUUUUUUUUUGUUUUGUUUUGUUUUGUUUUUUUAACUUUGUUUUUCUUCUUUGGCGAUGUGAGAGACUGAUGGUGCGUUCACGCCGGCUUUUCGGCCAAGUGCAAAACGGACUGGCAGGCGACCUGCUCUUAACGUUACACUCUUAACAUUGUUACAAAAAAAACGUCUGUACGUGUGCAUAUACAUACAUGCGUAUAUGUAUAUAUACAUGUAUUAUAUAUAGAUGCUUUUUUUGUCAUGAGUUGAAAAUUUUUAUUGAGUAUUUAUUGAACCCCAACCCCCUUCGCCCUUCCCAAGUCAUCUUAAACCUGUGUCCCUCCCUGCCUCCCAUUUCCAGCCAAUGGGCAAGCUGCUUUGAGUGUUGGGAGAAUACUGUGGUGAUAUUGUUUUGUUUGUUUUGUUUGUUUUUACUUUACACAAAGGACAUGACGCCUAGCCCCCCCACCCCACCCCCAUAGCCUAUAGCCCUGUCUGACCCGUACCAACAACCUUAGCAGAGGUGUUGUGCGAGGCGCACUCCCUCCACCCUUGUAAUGGUCAACCCCAGUCUUAUAUGCUGCUGAUAGUUUGUGAUGUUCUGUUUGUCACACUAGUGUUUUCUCUCUCUCUCUCUCUCUCUCUCUCUCUCUCUCUCUCUCUCUCUCUCUCUCUCCCUCUCUCUCUCUCUCUCUCUCUCUCUCUCUCCCAGUCCAGCAACAGAGCUCAAUCUUUUUUGUUGUGCCUUUGUUUGUACACCAGGCAUUGCACAGGGGGGGGAAC